AUGGAUCUCGACUUCUCCUCCGUCCCCUCUGGAGGCUGGGCUAUCGACACCCCCUCCCUCAAACGAGCUUGGCGACUCAAGAUGGCCGUCACGCAUCCCGAUCGCAUGGUCGGACGAAGCGAAAAGGAACAAUCGAUCGGAGCUCAACAAAGCGCCUUGAUCAAUCGAGCCUACGAGACCCUACUGAAUCCUCUCCCACGUGCCUUCUACCUGUUGGAACGUCACGGCGUCAAAGAAAUUUCGGAGUCGGACUCUCUCGAAGACCCGGAACUGCUUAUGGAGGUGAUGGAGUUGAGAGAGAGGUUGGAGGAAGCAGAGAGUGAGGAAGAGGCAGCAGAGGUCAGGAAGGAUAAUGCAAGGUUGUUGGAUGCGACGGUCGAGACUCUAGAGAAAGCGUUCGGUGAGAAUCCGCCGGAUCUGGAGACAGCCAAGCAGGCAAGUGUUCAGUUGAGGUACUGGACCAAUAUCGAAAAGGCCGCGAGGGAGUGGUCGCGGGGCAAACGGGUCGAGUUGCAACACUGA